AUGCUGGCGUUGACCUCACGAUUGAAAGCAUCUCUCCUCAUCCACGAGUGUACCCGGCUUUUCCCGUAUAGCGUCUUCGAGAAGAUCCUCAGCGGAUACCGGGACUAUCACCAGAUUUUGGAAUGUGCCCAGUUUGGCGCUCCGGUCAAGAGAAGCAGAUCGUACGAUGUGGUGGUGCGGUCUGACCUCAUUCUGCCGAACGGGAUGGACAGAUUCGCAGCCCUCAAGACGUCAUGCGUGCUGGAUGCAUCGGUGUGGCUUCAGGCCCCGCAGGAGAAGGUCGCGCACUUCAAGCGGUACAUGGCAGCUCUGGCAAUGCGCGGGUCGGUCGAGGAGUGGGAAUACCUGUUGCCGCCUGCAGCGCUUGCCAACCUUCGGACCGUGCAGGAAAUUGUGCGAAAGGAGAACUUCACACGAGAAGUUGCAGCAAACUUGGAUCAGAAUCCGCACUUCCAACCCCACUAUGGGGAUCACAUGCCGGUCAUUUUGGCGUCGAUUUCUCACAUGCGCCUUGGCAUUGUGAUCAAGUCUCUGAGUUUGAGUAUGCGUUGGUUCUCAUCUUUUUAUCGGUGCUGGUCUUCCCAAGUCAAUCAGUUUUAUGGUAGUGCCCUAGUGGCCAUGAUCAUACGCGCACUGAUUUGGUCUUAG